CCUGGUGCUGGUUGUAUCUACGUUGUCUCCGGAUUGCUUGUUAUUGUUUUUUGGGGGAAGGGGAGCUGGAGGGUGGUGGCGGACUUAUUACAGCAAGCAAGCACUGAAGCAGGCCACGGCAACGAGCAUGGGGAACUGUCAUACAGUAGGGCCCAACGAAGCCCUGGUAGUGUCAGGUGGCUGCUGUGGCUCUGAUACAAAGCAAUAUGUGUAUGGAGGAUGGGCUUGGGCAUGGUGGUGCAUUUCAGACACCCAGAGCCUGUCACUUGAGAUUAUGACCAUCCUCUGUCGCUGCGAGAAUAUUGAGACGGCGGAGGGCGUACCUCUGUACGUGACGGGGGUUGCACAGGUGAAAAUCAUGACAGAGAGAGAACUCCUGGCUGUGGCUUGCGAGCAGUUUUUGGGGAAAAAUGCCCAUGAAAUAAAGAAUGUUGUUCUCCAGACCCUGGAGGGCCAUUUGCGGUCUAUUCUAGGUACCCUGACAGUGGAGCAGAUUUAUCAGGACCGGGAUCAGUUUGCCAAGCUGGUGCGGGAGGUGGCAGCUCCUGAUGUUGGUCGGAUGGGAAUAGAGAUCCUAAGCUUUACCAUAAAGGAUGUGUACGACAAGGUGGAAUAUCUGAGCUCCCUCGGGAAGACGCAAACGGCUGUUGUUCAGAGAGAUGCUGACAUUGGUGUGGCUGAAGCAGAGCGUGACGCGGGCAUACGGGAAGCAUUGUGCAAGAGAGAAAUGCUUGAUGUGAAAUAUCUUGCUGACACUAAAAUGGCUGACUCCAAGAGGGCCUAUGAACUGCAAAAGGCAGCGUUCAGCCAGGAAGUAAACACAAAGAAAGCAGAGGCCCAGCUGGCUUACGAACUGCAAGCAGCUAAAGAACAGCAGAAGAUUCGUCAGGAGGAGAUUGAGAUUGAAGUGGUGCAGCGUAAGAAGCAGAUCGACAUCGAGGAGAAGGAGGUUGUCCGUACAGAUAAGGAGCUGAUUGCUACCGUCCGUAGACCAGCUGAAGCCGAGGCCUACAGGAUGCAACAGAUUGCUGAGGGACAGAAGGUGCAACAAGUGCUCAUAGCUCAAGCUGAGGGAGAAAAAAUUCGCAAAGUAGGUGAAGCCGAAGCAUCUGUGAUUGAAGCCAUAGGAAAAGCUGAAGCUGAGAAAAUGAAGUUAAAAGCAGCUGCCUAUCAACAGUACGGGGAAGCUGCCAAAAUGGCGCUGGUCUUGGAUUGUCUGCCUCAGAUUGCUGCCAAAGUAUCAGCACCUCUUGCAAAAGUGGAUGAAAUUGUUAUUCUAAGCGGAGACAACAGUAAGAUUACUGGGGAAAUGAACCGAUUGCUGGCUGAGGUCCCGGCUUCUGUGCAAGCACUCACCGGGGUGGAUCUGACCAAGAUACCACUGAUCCAGAAAGCCACGGGACUCUGUUCAUAACGAGUAGGACAACACUCGCCUCAUAUGCACUCUGGAGUCAAUUGCCUUUGGGACUCUGUUUUAUACAGAAUACAAUCAUUUCUGUUAAAAUAUCUGGUGCCUUAUGUUAGGACCAGACACACAACUCACCAUAUCACUUGUUUUUUUAAUUUUAUAUUUAGAAAUUCUAAUGUACUGCAUUUUUUUUAUUUUCUUGUGAUUUCAUUUUUUCACACGGUAGGAAUCUAUUUGUGAGGCAGAAUUUUGGUUUGGCCGGAGUUACAGCCUCUGUGCCUUCAGCUGAUCUGCCUUCCUUAUGCUGUCAUAGCUGCCAAAA